AUGGCGCAGGCGACGCCGCGCCCCGACCGCGACACCGAGGCUCACGCUCUCGGAGAUCACACCAAUGACAAUAAAGAGGAAAACCCCGCGUCGGUUGAGUUAACUAUUAAAAGCACAGAGAGUAACGUUGAAAGUGAAACAAUAGAACCCACUCGCGACUCAAACGACAGCCAUGCGCCGGCGUACAGCGAUUUGAAUGAUAAUGUCAGGAUAAACAAACCAGAAGAUGAAAGUGAUGCAGAUAAAACUAAUGCAAAUGUCGAUGGAGAGAGUGGGAGAAGUAAGGGAAAGGGUUUCAAGGAGUCAGGGGAAGCCCUCGAGCUGGCUCUGCUGCAGCUGGGGCCGUUCGGCUUGUACCAGCGCUACGCCGUGCUGCUGCUGUGCCUGCCCAACGUGCUGGCGGCGAUGUACUCGCUCAACUACGUGUUCGUCGCCGAGCCAGUGGCGUUCCGGUGCAUCGUGCCCGAGUGCGAGGGCGCGGGCAGCUCCUUCGACAACGAGACGGUGCGGGCGCUGCUCGCCGCGGACCGCUGCCGUCGCUUCGCGCCGCUGGCCUCCGGCUCGUGCGCGCGCGAGCACUUCGACGCCAGCCGCACCGUGCCGUGCGAGCGCUUCCUGUACGAGAGCAUGCACAGCGCGUACGCGGAGUUCGACCUGGCGUGCAGCGAGUGGCGGCGCACGCUGGUGGGCACGCUGCGCAACACUGCGCUGCCCUUCGCGCUCGUGCUCACCGGAUACCUCUCCGACGGCUGGGGCCGCCGCACCGCCUUCUGCUUGCUGUCCGCGUGCGCGGGCGCGCUGGGCGUGGCCAAGUCAUGCGCGCCGCACUACCGCGCCUACCUCGCGCUGGAGUUCCUCGAGGCCGCGCUGGGCUACGGUUUCAACAGCGCCGCCUACGUCAUGAUGGUGGAGCUAGCGCGACCGUCGCUGCGCGUGGCGUUCGCGUCCGCCACCGGCGUGGGCUACGGGCUGGGCGGCGUGCUGUUCGCGCAGUUCGCGCGCCGCGUGCCGUACUGGCGGAACCUGCUGCGGCUCAUCCACGCGCCCGCGCUGCUGCUGCCGCUGUACUGGCUGCUGCUGGACGAGAGCACGCGCUGGCUGCACGUCGCCGGCCGGCAACGGCAGGCCGCGCGCAAUGUUCGGAAAGCGGCACGGUGGAACAAGAUCACCAUCGAUGAAGAUCUGUUGACAGCAAUCAUUGAAGAUAAUCAAACGGAGCAAGAGAAAAUAAGGAGGAACCCGUGGAUGAGCCUGCUCAAGUCCCGCACGCUGAUGCUGCGCUUCGGCGUGUGCUGCUGGUGCUGGGUGGCCGUGUCGUUCGUGUACUACGGGCUCAGCAUCAACGCGGUGGCGCUGGCGGGCGACCGCCACACCAACUUCGCGCUCAACAUGGCCAUGGAGAUCGUGGCGUCGCUGCUCGUCAUGAUGGCGCUGGAGCGCUUCGGGCGGAAGCGCAGCAUCUUCGCGGCGUUCCUCGUGUGCGGGGUCGCCUGCAUCAUACCGUACUUUGUUUCGCACAACGGCACGGGCCUGGGAAUGUUCUUCGCGGGCAAGCUGGCGAUCACGUUCGCAUUCAACUCGCUGUACGUGUUCACGGCCGAAUUGUUCCCGACGGACACGCGCUCGUCAGCGCUGGGCGCCGCGUCGCUGGUGGGCCGGUUGGGCUCCGUGCUGGCUCCGCAGACCCCGCUGCUGAGCGCGCACGUGCAGGCGCUGCUGUACGGCGGCAGCUCGGCGGCCGCGGCGCUGCUGCUGCUGCUGGCGCCGGAGACGCGGCGCGCGCCGCUGCCCGCGUGCGCGCGGCAGGCCGAGACGGUGCGCGCGCGCGCCCUCGCCGACACCACCUCGUAG